AUGGAUAACAAUAUGAAAUCAACCGGUCAACAGGCUCAGAAUUUGACCCCCAAUACUACCCAGAAUACCAGGGCGGAAUCUGGUCUUCCUCUCACUGUUACCAAGAUGGAUAACAAAAUGGAAUCAACCCGUCAACAGGCUCAGAAUGUGACCCCCAAAUCUACUCAGAAUGUGACACCCAAAUCUACUACCCAGAAUGCCAAGACCCCCAAAUCUUUCCCAGAAUACCAAGAUCCCCAAAUCUACUACCCAGAAUACCAGGGCAGAAUCCUCGCACCCAUCUCCAUGGCAAAUCACCCGCCAGGCAACAUCUCGCGGGAUCGCCCCUCGCCUCCCUACCUACCAUUUGUCAUCCCAGAGGCUCAAAAAGGAGACUCAGAUCGACCUCCCGGGGAUUGGGCCCGGUACAUCUGGCAGGCCGCAUUCAAAGUUGCUCGAAGGGGGGAAUUCCUGAAGGGCCAGCUACCGGCGCUAUUGAAAUCAGCUCCGGUACGGGAGCUCAUGGAGCGUGUCCGGUACUUUGCAGGGAACAGACACCAGGAUGAAAUACUUAGCAACCACAGAGUAAAUGUGGAGUCUGCGGCCAUCUUCUGCCAGGGAGCCGUAAUGACAGAUGCGAAUCAGUGUGAAAGCUGCUUACAGGGAUGGGGCCCCUGGGCAAAAUGCGUACAGCUCGAGGAGAGCGAGGCCCGUAAGGGGUAUCUAAAUGCCUGUACAAAUUGUGUCUGGAAUGGGCAGCAUGAGCGAUGCAGCUUCUGGCAGCGUGGACAGGCCCCUUUGACCCCAGGGGAUCAAAGCCCCAAUGGAGAAGUUAUUGGUUUAUGUUUUGGAGGCCAUGUAGAUGGAACAUUGAGUUACUUCACUCAUGUUCACGAAUUGUUCGACAAUAUUUUGGCAAAGACCGGGGUAACUGAAAUCCGUAUACGGGUUUGA